AUGGCGCUCAAACAAUGCAGCAUGUGCGAACGGACGUUCACCAAGCUGGAGCACGUUAAAAGACACGAGAGGUCACACACACGUGAGCGACCGUACGAAUGCCCAACUUGCAAGAAGCACUUCUCCAGAAGUGAUGUCCUGUUCCGCCACUGCAAGGGCCAUGCGCAGAACGCGUUGAAUCGCAUGAAGAGUAACGAAGGACCAAACCAACAGGAUCAACAAUUUGGCGACGACAGAGAUACUGCCAAUCCUGCUGCACCACGAGACCGGACCGGUCAAAAUACAGCCGGGACACCUCAAAUCCGAGAACACCCAGCCAUGUCGCCCAUGUCAGCCAGAAGAGAAUCGCAGCAACUACCACAGAUGAAUGGCGAAAGCCAAUUCAGUCAUUUGUCGCCCCCAUCGCACGCAAGACCUUCAAUGGGAAGGCAUCCGCCGUCACCCGGAGAAGACCGGAUAGAAGCACUCAUCAACGCAGCACAGCAUCUAGAGCCCUCAGGAGAUACUCCCUGGCGGUCACCAUCACCAUUAAUCAUUGGACGUGCCGAAAACGCGCAGAUGAUGAACCGCCACCCGCAUGACAUGGGUCCGCCCAUUGAUCCAGCAAUUGAUGGUCUUCAGUUUUCGCCCGCUGGGCACGUUUCGAGCCUGGACCAAUGGGCUUUUGAACUAGUGCAAAGCAACAAUCCAAUUCCAAAUCGCACGCCAGCAGAUGCAUUGCAAACAUGGUUGUUUCCGCUAGAGAACGAUAUUCAAACGCCACAUGGAACGCAUAUGGCCGUCGAUGGGUUUUUCGAGCAUGAUGCUUUUCGAGGCCUACCUGAGAACCAGGCCAGUCCGUCCGGCAGCAGUGUUUCGAUAGCCAGCCGAAUACCCUUUGGACAAACUGAAACUCCUAUAAGCGAACGAGAGCGGAAGAAUUCGAGAUGGGGAUUGGACGAAGAGUGCAGAGGCUUGCUGCAAAAUGCUCUGAACAAUGCGCCCGCACGAUCGGAAUCAUAUGGCGAUACUGCAUCUUCUAGCGGUGACGCUGCAGGGAGUCCGAGUGUGGAUGGUAUUCAGUUUCCGCCAGCUGAGAUCCUGGAUAUCGCUCUCGAGAUGUACCUCUAUUACUUCCAUCCGACCCUUCCUAUCAUCCACAUACCGACUUUCUCGGCGAAGAAUGCGCCACGGCCAUUGAUGCUAUGCAUGUGCCUCAUCGGGCUGAGCAUUCUUGGCACAGCUGGAGCUGCCAAAUUUGUUACGAGGACAUUUCCAGCUGUUCUGCAAAUGGCCCUCACAGAACUGCAGUCACUAUCUGGAAGCGAGCAACCGCCACACAGACAGAUGCGAGUUAUCGCCACUAGUCUUUUGGCACUGAAUCUGGCUUCAAUAACAGGGCGGAAGAGUCGGAUUGCGCAAGCGGAGAGGUUGUACUCGGAAUUGAUUUCGCAUGCGCAACAACAAGGGCUCUUUUCCGCAAAUGAAGGCGCGAAUCUGGACUCACUUCUCGAUGAGGUUGUAGAUCUUGAAUCAAAAUGGAGGGCGUGGUCAAAAGUCGAAUGUGCCAAGCGGAUUAUCUUUGGCCUCAUCGAAGCCGACUGCUGGUGGGCAGGCUACCUUUCGACAGCCCCCAUGAUCCGACCAGAAUCGGUUCAGAUACUACCGCCAUCUGACUACAGCCUAUAUCACGUAAACUCGGCACAGAAAUGGUUCCAACUAGUGCAGCGUGGCACGAGGAUACAAUCGAACCGAAUCACGCCAUCAUUCCACCCAACACCAGGGCUGAAGCUCGACGCACCAAGCUUUCGAAGUUUGCUCACACUUUUGUUACUCCGCAUAUACGAGUCGAAUGAUCGCUUGGCUAGUGCUACCGGGCCGCAGAAGCAGCUAGAGCCGUGGAGGAUCUACGCUGAGGAUCCUCGUAGCCGCGAUAUACUUCCGCUUUUGGUCAAUCUCUCGUCUUCAUCCAUCGAUGCGCUACGCACUGCCGACUUGAACUCUGCUGUUCUUUGGCAUGCGUCAUGUAUGAUCCUCGGUGCCAACAUGCGAUACUUUGAGUUAGCUGCUGGUCGUGCGGGCCCUGAACCUGCGGUCAAUGCGCUCGAAGAUAUCUCAGCCUGGUCGCAAACUCCGUCAGCAAGACGAUCUGUGUUGCACGCUGCGCAUAUCUACAAACUUUUGUUCGACCGGAAAGUCUCUGAUAUUGUUAAUCCGCACAGUGUAGUUGCAUUAUUUCAUGCAGCGCUCGUGCUGGGCCUGUACAUCUUCACAUUGCCACCUUCGAUGGCUUGCGGGAUCAACGACAACUGUAUCGAACUUCUGGAUAUAGUAGAUUGGAUUUCCAUCGGUCAGCUUGGACUCAUAAACAACGCCCAACCACCGAGCGGAUUCGGGGAAGCUUCAUUGAUUGUCCAAUUCAUCUGCAAUGGCGGACCUUUCAGCAUCACCGGUAUCGCCCUUGAAGGCGGCUACUUGGCAGCACGCAGAACGCUGCUGCACUGUGCAGACCUCAUGGAAGGAAUGGGCCGAUGGAGAAGUCGCACCUUUUCACAAAUCCUACACAUAAUGAGCGACGACUUGACGGAUCAUGACGGGCCGGAAAACGAUGACUCAUGA